AUGCAUGCGGCGAUUUUGAGUUAUUUUACGGGUAUUUUUGCUUCUAAUAAUUUAUGUUGUGAUGAUUCCCUUUUUGAUGAUUUUGCCCCCCGUGUGUCUGAUGAGCAAAAUGUGAUGUUGGAUCGCCCAUUUAAUGGGGAGGAGGUUAAAACAACUCUUUUUUCAAUGUUUCCGGAUAAAGCACCGGGCCCAGAUGGGAUGAAUUCGGGCUUUUAUCAGCAAUUUUGGUCAGUAGUUGGAGAGGAUGUGACUCGGUUUAUAAUGCAUGCGUUAAACUCAGGUGAAUUCCCAGAGGGGUUAAAUGACACCAACAUAAUCUUAAUACCCAAGAAGGAAGUGCCCGAAACAGUUGCAGAUUUAAGACCGAUUGCCCUAAGUAAUGUCAUAUAUAGAAUUAUGGCUAAGAUGUUAACCAAUAGAAUGAAAACACUUAUGAGUGAUCUUAUUUCUGAGUCCCAAAGUGCUUUUAUUCCUAGCAGGCUAAUAACGGAUAACAUCUUGGUCGCGGCGGAGGUGGGUCAUUACUUGAACAGGAAACAGUGUGGAGCUGUGGGCUGGAGUGCAUUGAAAUUAGACAUGUCAAAAGCUUAUGACAGAAUGGAGUGGAAGUUCCUGGAGAGGAUGUUGGUUGUGUUAGGAUUUAGUGAGAAGUGGAUCCAACUUAUAAUGCUAUGUGUUACAACUGUGAAUUAUACUGUGAUGGUUAAUAGAUGCCUGGAGGUUGAGCAGGCUGACAACUUUGGAAAGUACCUUGGCCUGCCAUCUUUUGUGGGUAGGAAUAAGAGAGCUGUGUUUGCUUAUGUGGAGGAAAAAAUCAGGCAAAGGAUUGGAUCAUGGAGUAAAAAGAUGUUAUCUCAGGCGGGUAAGGAAGUGUUGUUGAAAAGCGUAGCACAAUCUAUGCCUACGUUUUCAAUGAGUAUCUUUUUAUUGCCUGAAACAGUUUGUCAGUCCAUUGAGCGAACCAUGAAUAAAUUCUGGUGGGGAAGUGGAAGAGACAGGGGAAUACAUUGGAAGGCAUGGGAUAUGUUGUGUGUCCCUAAAAAGUAUGGGGGCUUGAGUUUUAAGGAAUUAAGAGCUUUUAACCUGGCUAUGUUAGGAAAACAGGCAUGGCGUUUUCUUACCAAUCCAGGAUCACUUGCUACAAGAAUAUAUAAGGCUCGUUAUUACCCCACUACUGGUUUUGUUGAUGCUACUAUUGGGAGAUGCCUGAGUUUCUGUUGGAGGAGUAUAAUGGCGGCUCACCCUACAGUCACGGCUGGGGUGCGACGCAGGAUUGGGAAUGGACAGUCAACUCUGAUAUGGGGUCAUCCAUGGCUGCCGGAUGGUCCUAGCCCCUUGAUACAAACAAAUAUUCUGGAAGAGUUAAGAGAGGCGCGAGUUACAGGUCUGAUUGAUCCACAAUCAAGCACAUGGGAUCCACAUAUCUUAUCUGAUAUUUUUAUCCCUGAGGAUGUGAACCGAAUACUUAAGAUCCCUGUAAGCCCUGACUAUGAUGACUCAUGGUAUUGGAUGGGGGACCCGAAAGGGACAUAUACAGUAAAAAAUGCUUAUAGGCGAAUUGUGGGUGAUUUUGAGAGUAACCCAGGAACUUUUGAUUAA